UAACACCUUCAUGUUCCAACAUUAAGAAACAACAAUCAAGAUUCUUCAACUCAUCAACUUUCAUCUAUAUUCAUCUUUUAAAUCCAACAGAUCAAAAAAUGCUUUCUAACCCACAAAAGUCACCAUCUUUCUUCCUAGACGGAAUCAACACAACCACCACCACCACCACUACCGGAAGCUCCGGUAGUUGUGGCACUAACAAGCCACCACCAACCAACACCACUCCGGUACCGGACUCCGUUGCCCGCUACCACAUCCACGCCGUGGGUCCAGACCAGUGCUGCUCCGUCGUCAUCCAACACAUCACCGCCCCAAUCUCCGACGUCUGGUCCAUCGUCCGCCGCUUCGACAACCCACAAGCCUACAAACACUUUGUCAAAACCUGCCACGUAAUCCUCGGAGACGGCAACGUCGGAACCCUAAGAGAAAUCCACGUCAUCUCCGGCCUGCCCGCUGCCCGUUCCACUGAACGUUUGGAAAUCUUAGACGAUGAACAACACGUGAUCAGUUUCAGCGUCGUUGACGGUGAUCACCGGCUUGCUAACUACCGUUCCGUCACCACUCUCCACCCUACACCCGACGGAACCGGUACGGUGGUUGUUGAGUCCUACGUUGUUGACAUACCGCCGGGGAAUACUAAGGAAGAAACAUGCGUGUUUGUUGACACCAUCGUGAAAUGCAACCUCCAGUCGUUAGCUCAGAAAAUCCGGCGAAACUGAUUGCCGGAAAAUCAAGAUUUAUUAUGAUAUUUGAGAAUACACAUCUCGGGAACAAGUACAUAAACAUAAAGCCAUUUUCGAAUCGAAGUAGAUGAUAUAACUGAUACUUAUGAAGAUUCAAUCGAUCAUUUAAAGACCUUUAUGUUAUUUUGGUGGUGUGAAUUUUCAUCAUCAAAGUUUUUGUGAACCCAUGUGAUCACUUUUUUGAAGGUUUUAUUUAUUGAUUGAUUUGGAUUUAUGAGAAAAUGUCCUCUACUUCUUGCA